GGAAGAGGAGAGAAAUGAGUGGAUCGAAUUCCAUGCCUCCGGAAAGGGCAGACUCAUGACCGACUGGUCCAGCCACAACCUUAGAGAGUUCCACUCUCGUCGACGACAAUUCAACAGUUUUGUGGUUCCCGGAAAAUGCCAAUUCCAAUUCCAACGUGCUUGCCUUCUCCUUGUGUGUGGAGGUGGAGGAAGAGGAAGCAUGCUUAUAUAGAUAGCAACAGUACAUGAGGAACAUAUGCCCCAACGCGUGAAGGAGGUUUUCGUUUUCUGAACGAACUUCCCUGUUCAAGACUCAGGCAUUUUCAGAUUUGGGAUUCAGUAGUGUUUUGUUUAAUUAACCUGCUGGUGGCGGAGCCGCGCUUGAGCGUACUUGUAAGCCGACAAGAAGCAGCGGAAACUGCUCUCUUGCAUCAUUUCACAGAGGGGAAACCUGAGCAGAAGCAUUCAAGCUUAUUGAUUAUUUCAGACAAAUUAAAGAAGAGAAAAUGUUGCUGAGGAGUUCUUCCACACCAGUACUCGGUUCAUUGCUCUCAUCCUUGUCAGAAACUCCCAACAACAAUAACCAGUCCAAUUGUGAAGUGCCAAACGCCAAUCCCCACCCCUAUGGCAAGAUCUGCUGCAAGCAUUACCAUGCUGCUGCUGGGCCUCAAAAUUUUACCAAAUCUCUAUACAACUCCUCCCCCGUCUCUCCCUCGAUCUCCGGAAACAUCCACACUGGCGGAUUUCGGAGAGCUCAGUCAGAAGGAAACUUGGAAGGAUUGGUCAGGGCCUCGUCCGACAGCGACGAUGGAUUAAACUUGUCUAUCCCAACCAAGAAGUUUUCACGCAGGCCGCCCCACUGCUCCAUUUUGGAAGCAAUCCCAUCUUUCUCGUUUCAAAAUCCAAGAAAUCGCAAUGAAGACCAAGACAGUGAAGAAGAAGAAGAAAGUUUGCAUGGGGAAAAUGGUUUGGUUCAUAAUUCUGUUGCAAAGGAGAAUCCUUAUAACUUGAAAGGAGACGGGACCUAUGCAAGCGCAUACAAGAACAGUGCUGGAGUUGGAGAGGAGAUGCAUCUUGCAAGAGGGCUUGGGGUUACUGAUUUUCAUUUUGCUGAUGUUGGAGGACAUAUUAGUGGAGGAGGAGGAGGGCGGGAUUACAGGCCGGUAGCCUUAGGUGGGGAUGGUGGUGGUGACAGCAAUGGCCUUAUCAUGGAGGAGCAUUAUAAAAGAAUGUUGGAGGAAAAUCCUUCCAACCCUUUAUGCCUGAGGAAUUACGCCCAGUUCUUGCAUCAAACAAAGAAAGAUCCUCGACGUGCGGAGGAGUACUACAGCCGAGCUAUUUUGGCAGACCCAGAAGACGGUGAAGUUUUAUCAAAUUAUGCUAAACUGGUAUGGGAGCUCUACCGGGAUAAAGAUAGAGCCAAACACUAUUUCGAACGAGCAGUCCGAGCUGCAGCGCAGGACAGCCAUGUUCAAGCUGCCUACGCUAGCUUUCUAUGGGAAACUGAUGAGGAAGUUGAAGAGGAGGAUGAUCGAUCGUUGAAAACACCACAGCCAAUGCUGGCACUGAUCAAAGAGGAGAUCACCGCUUAGUUGGAUAAUGUAUCCGGGUUCCUGCAUCAUUCUAUAGCUAGGCGAUUGGAAUUUUUCUUGAUUACAGGAGGCUAUUGGAUUAGAAAAAGAAAUCACCUGUUUCCAUUCUGCAAAGUAAAUCUUGUCGCAAGGAAAAUUUAGAUAAAAUGUCUCAUAAUAAUGAAACGAAAUUAAUUAUUCGUAA